AUGACCAUGCAGCUAGACUUGGCCCUGAUGCUGGGGGUGGCCCUCUGCCUGGGGUAUGGCCAGCCCCUGCCACAGGGCCCUGAACGCCCCUUUUCUGUGCUGUGGAAUGUACCCUCAGCACACUGUAAGGCUCGCUUUGGUGUGCACCUGCCACUCAAUGCCCUGGGCAUCAUAGCCAACGGUGGCCAGCAUUUCCAUGGCCAGAACAUCACCAUCUUCUACAAGAACCAGCUUGGACUCUAUCCCUACCUUGGGCCCAGGGGCACAGCUCACAAUGGGGGCAUACCCCAGGCUGUGCCCCUUGACUGCCACCUGUCACAGGCUGCCUACCAGAUCCACCGCAGCCUGGGACGCAGCUUCACUGGCCUGGCAGUGCUGGACUGGGAGGAAUGGUGUCCACUCUGGGCUGGGAACUGGGGCCGCCGCCGAGCCUAUCAGGCAGCCUCCUGGGCUUGGGUGCAGCGAAUGUUCCCCAACCUGGACCCUCAGGAGCAGCUCCUCAAGGCCCGCACUGGCUUUGAGCAGGCAGCCCGGGCACUAAUGGAGGACACACUACGGCUGGGCCAGGCACUGCGGCCCCAUGGGCUCUGGGGCUUCUAUCGCUACCCAGCCUGUGGCAAUGGCUGGCACAGUACAGCUUCCAACUACACAGGCCACUGCCACACAGCCGCCCUUGCCCGCAACACCCAACUGCAUUGGCUCUGGGCCGCCUCCAGUGCCCUCUUUCCCAGCAUCUACCUCCCACCCAAGCUGCCACCUGCCCACUAUCAGGCCUUUGUCCGAUACCGCCUGGAGGAGGCCUUCCAUGUGGCCCUCACUGGGCACCCACAUCCCUUGCCUGUCCUGGCCUAUGCCCGCCUCACACACCAGAGUUCUAGGAGGUUUUUGUCUCUGGAUGACCUCGUGCAGACCAUUGGUGUGAGUGCAGCACUGGGGACAACCGGCGUGGUGCUCUGGGGAGACCUGAGCUUCUCCCGCUCUGAGGAGGAGUGCUGGCAUCUCCAUGACUACCUGGUGGGCACUCUCGGCCCCUAUGUAAUCAAUGUGACCAGGGCAGCCGUGGCCUGCAGUCACCAGCGGUGCCAUGGCCAUGGGCGCUGUGCCCGGCGAGACCCAGGACAGAUGGAAGCCUUUCUGCACUUGCAGCCAGAUGGCAGCUUUGAAGCUUGGGAGUCCUUCAGCUGCCGCUGUUACCGGGGCUGGGCUGGUCCUACCUGCCAGGAGCCCAGGCCUGUGUCUAAGGAAGCAGCAUAAAGCUAGGCGUCCCUGCCCUUGCCUCUUCUUGUCCCUGCUGCCACUUUCCCAGUCUUUGAGGGACUUUGUCCCACUCUUGCUCUAUUUAGAUUACAGUCAGCCCUCCGAAACACA